UUUCUCUCUACAGUCAAGAUGCUAUUUCUCUUAUUUGAUGGCUCUAGAUCAUGCUUAUCCUAUACCACACUAUCCACGGUCAAUCUGGCCAUGGCUGUUGUUAGUAUUAACUACCUAUUCAUGAAAACCCCUGAGCUCUACACCUGCGGCAUUAACGACAUCUGUACCGUCUAUAUCCGCGAGAUCCGCCAGCGCCAGCCCCAUGGGCCCUACGCCCUGGGCGGCUGGUCCGUCGGGAGUAUCUUCGCGUUCCAUAUCGCGAAGCAGCUCAUCUCCGCCGGUGAGAGCAUUACUGAUCUAGUCCUAAUUGACUGCCCCGUACCGCGGGGCCUCGAUCACUUGCCGCGGCGAUACUUCGAGUAUUGCGAGCAGGUCGGGCUCCUCGGCACGGUGAACGGCGUGAGGCGCGACCCGCCGCCGUGGCUGAUUCCGCAUUUCGAGGCCUGCAUCAACAGCCUCCAUCCGUACCACGCCACGCCGAUCGAGCCGUCGUGCGAGGCGCCGCGCACCCAGAUCAUAUGGGCUGGUGACGCCGUCGAUCGGCAUCUGGAACCGAAAUUUGAACGGCGACCCGACGAUCCGGAAGGGCUGAAGUUCCUCACGGAGGCACGCACAGAUUUCGGGCCAUGCGGAUGGGAGAGCCUCGUGCCGAGAACGAAGAUGGACAUUGCUCGCAUCGUGGACGCGAAUCAUUUCUCAAUGAUGCAGGGUGACGCCGCCCGGCAGUUGGCAGCGGUCAUGAGGCGGUUUCUGAUGGAUGCGAAGUGAGCGAAGACAUCCGGAUGCUCAAGACCGUUGGUGGGUUCCGGAGUGUGUGUUCGCAUGUAUAGUGGAUCCCCAUUCGCUCCUUAGAUUGUUAGAGGAGAAGCCAAUCAAUGUG